AUGGUGAAUAUCACGGAGAAGAUCAAGGAGAUCGAGGAUGAGAUGCGCCGGACGCAGACAGAUCACCAUUCACCUACAGAACUAACAGUCCACAGAGCACCAUCUUGGUCUAUUGAAAGGCUUCUCAGAAAACUUGCCCGUCUUCGAGCCCAACUUCUCGAGCCCGUAGGCGGUGCUGGAUCAGGUGGCGGCGCCGGUUUCGACGUCAGCAAGAGUGGUGAUGCCCGUGUGGCACUUGUCGGUUUCCCCUCCGUUGGAAAGUCUACUUUCCUGUCCAAGAUCACCAAGACCAAGAGUGAGGCUGCCUCGUACUCUUUCACCACUUUGACUGCCAUUCCCGGUGUCUUGGAGUAUGGCGGUGCCGAGAUCCAGAUUCUGGAUUUGCCUGGUAUUAUCGAAGGUGCUGCCGAGGGUAAGGGUCGUGGUCGUCAGGUUAUCUCUGCUGCGAAGACCAGUGAUCUGGUUCUGAUGAUCUUGGACGCUACCAAGCGGGCUGAGCAGCGAGCCUUGCUGGAGAAUGAAUUGGAUGCUGUUGGCAUUCGCUUGAAUAAGGAGCCUCCCAACAUUUAUCUAAAGAUCAAAAAGGCCGGUGGCAUGAAGAUCGGCUUCCAGACACCACCCAAGUACCUGGACGAGAAGAUGCUCUACAACGUGCUGCGUGACUACAAGAUUCUCAACUGCGAGGUGUUGGUGCGAGACGAGUUCGCCACAAUCGAUGACUUCAUCGAUGUCAUUAUGAAAGAUCACCGCAAGUACAUCCGCUGCUUGUACGUCUACAACAAAAUCGACAGCAUCAGCCUCGAGUUCUUGGAUCAACUUGCCCGCGAGCCGUACACAGCCGUCAUGAGUUGUGAACUUGAUCUCGGUGUGCAAGAGGUUGUCGAGCGGAUCUGGAAGGAGUUGAGACUGAUGCGGCUUUAUACAAAACGGAAGGGAGAUGUGCCCGACUUCAGCGAGGCUCUGAUUGUGCGCCAGGAUUCUAGCAUCGAGGACGUGUGUGACCAGAUCCAUCGCACGCUCAAGGAAACAUUCAAGUACGCCAUGGUCUGGGGUGCCAGCGCUCGACACGUGCCCCAGCGCGUGGGAUUGUCGCACAUGGUAGCAGACGAGGAUGUGGUGUCAAUCGUGGCAAAAUAG